AUGGCCUGCUUGGUGGCGCUCUGCUCCGCUCACAACCCGGCCGUCACCAACGCCAUCAUCAUGAACACCAACGGACCUCCGGACCUGCUGCUCGAGCCGCCGUCGCCGUUCAUCUUCGUCGAGCGGUACGCGGAGCGCGCGGCCAAACGCGGGGCGCCGCCGCAGAUACGGCCCCGGAACAAGAUGGCCGACGCGGGCUUGACGGAGGCUCGGCGGUUGUGGUCGUUGCCGCGGAGGCCGGCCGUCGACAUCCACUUCCGAGACCUGGAAUACUCGGUCAAGGAAGGACCCUGGUGGAGGAACGCCGGUAACAAGACUUUGCUGAGAGGGAUCUCGGGCAAGUUCAGCAGCGGAGACCUGGUGGCCAUCAUGGGGCCCUCGGGGGCCGGGAAGUCCACCCUCAUGAACGUCCUGGCGGGCUACAGGGAGACGGGAAUGAAGGGUGAAAUCCUGAUCAACGGUCAGCCCCGAGAUCUGCGAUCCUUCCGCAAAGUUUCCUGUUACAUCAUGCAGGACGACAUGUUGUUGCCGCACCUGACCGUGCAGGAAGCCAUGACGGUGUCCGCCAACCUGAAACUUCAGGAGAAGGAAGACGCUCGCAAGGAGAAGGUGUGCGAGAUCCUGAUGGCUUUGGGUUUACUGGACUGCCUCUCGACCAGGACCUCUCACCUGUCGGGGGGGCAGAGGAAAAGACUGGCCAUCGCCCUGGAGCUUGUCAACAACCCGCCCGUCAUGUUCUUUGAUGAACCCACCAGCGGUCUGGACAGUUCUUCGUGCUUCCAGGUGGUGUCGCUGUUGAAGGCUCUGGCCCGCGGCGGCCGUACGGUCAUUUGCACCAUCCACCAACCCAGCGCCAGACUAUUUGAGCUCUUUGACAAGCUUUACGUGCUGAGUCAGGGUCAGUGCAUCUACCGAGGAGGCGUCGCGGCUCUGGUUCCGUACCUCGGAGACCUCGGACUCAACUGCCCCAUGUACCACAACCCCGCAGACUUUGUGAUGGAGGUGGCGUCGGGGGAGUACGGGGACCACACGGGGAGCCUGGUACAAGCGGCGCGCGACACCCGACUGGAAGGAGACCUCGACGGGGACCCCAAACUCCGCUCGCUCACGUGGCAGCGCGAGGAGUGGUCGUCCGAAAGCUGUCGCGGCUUCUCAGUGAGCCGCCCGGUCCAAUUCACCAUCCUGUUCCGGAGAACCUUCCUCAGCAUCCUGCGGGACUCGGUGCUGACCCACCUGCGGAUGUCGUCGCACGUGGGCGUCGGCGUCCUGAUCGGCCUCCUGUACCUCGGCAUCGGCAACGAGGCGACCAAGGUCCUGAGCAAUUCGGGCUUCCUCUUCUUCUCCAUGCUGUUCCUGAUGUUCGCCGCCCUCAUGCCCACCGUCCUCACCUUUCCCCUGGAAAUGGGCGUCUUCCUGAGGGAACAUCUCAACUACUGGUACAGCCUGAAAGCCUUCUACUUGGCCAAGACCACGGCCGACGUUCCCUUCCAGGUGGUAUUCCCGGCGUUGUACUGCAGCAUCGUGUACUGGAUGACAUCUCAGCCGGCGGACGCCACUCGCUACUUCCUCUUCCUGUCCCUGGGGGUCAUGACCUCGCUGGUGGCUCAGAGUCUCGGACUCCUGAUUGGGGCGGCCUCCACUUCCUUGCAGGUGGCGACGUUCGUGGGUCCGGUGACGGCCAUUCCAGUCCUUCUGUUUUCUGGCUUCUUUGUGAGCUUUGACACCAUUCCGUGGUACCUCCAGUGGAUGUCCUACAUCUCCUACGUCAGGUACGGUUUUGAGGGCGUGAUCCUGUCCAUCUACGGUCUUCACCGAGAGGACCUCCACUGCAAUCGUGAGGAAACCUGCCACUUUCAGAAGUCGGACGCCAUUCUGAGGGAGUUAGACAUGAUGGACGCCAAGCUCUACCUGGACUUUGUAGUGCUUACUGUCUUCUUCUUUGCACUGCGCCUCCUGGCUUAUUUUGUCCUAAGAUACAAGAUCAGGGCAGAGAGGUAGAAGCCACUCCACGGGGACUGGCGGAUAGAAGUAGAUACACCGGGAUUGACCGCAGGGACAGAAAGGUAGAACCAGACCGCCGGGUCCGAGAGGUAGAACCAGACCGCCGCGACCGGUAGGCUGAACCGGACGACCGGAAGUGAGGUCGAACCAGAGCAACGGGACAGAGGGGAAGAAAGAGACCGCCGGGAGAGCGAGGCAGAACCGGAUCACCGGGACUUGGCCACAGCAAGAUUCCCGAGUUCGCUUGGAGCUACCGUCGGUAAAGUGAGCGGGACCGGACAGGAAGGGCUUUUUCAACAUUUCUGCGACUCCGCCUCAGGAAGGUUCCAACACCGGAGCAGCGUCCACCGGACCGCAGGUCGGGAAGAAGUGAGCUAAGUCAGUCGGAGCAUCCCGGAACAGGAGCGGGUCUCCUGUUCCCCAGAUGGCAGAUGGUAGCCCAUCUUCGGGGCAAAGUUCUGGUUGGCCGUGAGGUCCGUCCAAUUCAAAUAAAACACACGACGCUUUAGGAAUGUGCCGCAAAUGAUUUGAGAUUUGAGUCUGACGCCGA